AUGAGCUCAUUGGGGAAGAAGCACGUACAACGUGCAUGCUCGCUCAUUAAGCAACAGCUCAUGGAGUCAUGUGUCGAUAGUGGAGCACUCGCUCUUGCUUUUGACAUAUUGGCGACCAUCCCUGAGGAAUACAAAUCGGGGAAGUGGACCGAAGAGAGGGAGCUGAAGAGAAAAGCGCACGUCAAGCCGAACGAGGCAUUAUCUCAGGAGAAGCCUCGCAUGAUCAUCACAUCCGGUGAUGAGGGUGUGGUCCGCCACAUCCUUGACAGUGGAUUGUUGGAGCACGCCCUUUUCAACAACCCCCUCUUUGAGCAAAGAUCGCUCAAGCAUGCUUCCAGGCGGGAGUUCGGGCGGCGUAUGGGUGAAAUGAUGCGCUGUUAUGAACAUGCCUGUAGUAUGGAUUUUGGAGCUUUUGAUGGGAGCUGCACGCGUGAGUGCCGAGACCUCAUCGAAAACGACAUUAUUUUAUCCAUGUUUAUGAAGCUCAUGAGCGCGGAGCCCAUGGACGGCCUGAUACACGCGGCGGUCAAGGACAGGAUUAAGCAGAAGGCGAACAUCUCUGUCAAGAUCGUCGUCAAGGCCGUGAUAUGGGAUAUGAUCAGAGAGAGCGGCGAUAGAGGGACGAGCAUCCUGAAUUUCCUGACAAACCUCACGCUUUUCUAUGCAAACAUGGCCAUGUUGCUCGAGAAGCGAGGCGUCAAGGAGAAAGUGAUCAAAAAGAUGAUCAUGGAGAGUCUCAAGAGCGGCAAUCUCGCCAACCUGAUGGGAGAAGGGGACGAUGGGCUCCAUGUGUUCAAGGAGGCCUUUGAUAUGAACACUUCGUUCAAGAUUGAACUACAGGGUCCAACAGGCGAUCUUGAGUUCCACGAAUGCGUCACCAGUACGCAAGAGAGGCUGGAAUUCUGCUCAAAGAUCGCAGUGGCAGUGGGCUCGGAGACCUAUUACUUCCCUAAGCCGGCCAAACUGAGCAACUCCCUGACAGUAUCCUUCGACAUGGGGAAUCCACGAAGCAUUGCCGGAUACACGAAAGCCGUCGCGAUGAUGUCAAAUUGUAUACAUCAGCCACUUUUGCUCGCCCUGUGCAAAGCUAUUGCGACAGGCCACAAAGAGGACGGUGGCACUCUUGAUGUGAAGCAUCUCACGAGACUCUUGGGUCCUGGUGAAGAGAUCGGCGAGGACGCUGAUUACGAGGAGCGGCUGACGAUCGAGACGCACGCAUUGGAGCGCGAAACUGGGAUCACAGUGGCUUAUCAGGAAGACGCCAUUCUGGCGCUUGGCACGGGCAACCGUGAUACGGUGACCGCGUGCCUCAAGGCGUUGAGAGGCUGA